AUGCAGUUCAAGACUCUCUUCUUCGCUGCCGCUCUGAUGGCCCAGUCUGCCUUUGCCAUGUCCUCAACCCAGCAAGGCCAGGUCAAGCCAAACGAGAAGAAUGUGCAGAGCGAGCAGAGCGCGCAGAUCCAUCAGCUCGAGAACCUCGCUCACACUAUGCAGUCUCAGCGAGCACAGGAUAGCAUUCUCCUUAUUGGAGCUCCACCUUUGAAUGCUUCUACCAUUGUCACCACGAUCGCUGCGAUCAACGCCGCCUUGGGCACCACUGAUGCUCUAAUUAGCGCUGUCACCAAUGCCACCAUCGUUCAGAACCUUCCCAACAUCAUCAACAACCUCGGUAAUUUGACCAACACCAUCGUGGCAGACGUAAGCCCCAUCGUCUCCUCCCCAGUCAUUGGGGUUUACAGCCCUAUCGACCAGGCGGCUAUGAUCACUGCUCUCUCUCAGCUCGUUGACACCAACACUGACUUGAUCAACGACUUUAUUGGCCCCCUGGGUCUCUUUUCCAACUCUCUCUACCGUGGCCCCAUUGGUGUCGUUCUGAACCUGAUUGAGAGAAGCAUUGUCGACUUGGCUGGCGCCGUCGUUGCCCGCGUCCCGGCUUUUGCCGAGGAGGCUCGGCCUCUGUUGAGCAACCUCCACUUCUCUCUGGCUCAGACCAUCAACUUUUAA